AUAUUGUGCAAGCUUUAGCUAGUUAUAUAAGGCACCCAAUUAAGACGUACUGUACGUGGUGAUCGAGCGAGGUGAGUGCCAUGGGAGGCACCCUGCGCUUCCUGUCUGAUGUACUGCUGGGACCUGGCAACAGCCUGAGGCGGCACAACAAGAAGAGGAGGCAGUUCAACACGGUGGAGCUCAAGGUGCGGAUGGACUGCGACGGCUGCGAGCUCAAGGUCCGCAACGCCCUCGCGACCAUGAAAGGUGCUCAGUCGGUGGAGAUCAACCGGAAGCAGCAGAAGGUGACGGUGAAGGGGUUCGUGGAGCCGCAGCGGGUGCUGCGGCGGGCUCAGUCGACGGGGAAGCGGGCGGAGCUGUGGCCGUACGUGCCCUACACCAACCCCUACAUGGCGCCGCCGGCGUACGACAAGAGGGCUCCAGCAGGGCACGUGCGCAAGGUCGACGCCGUCAUGCCGGUCACCGCCGGACAGGAGGAGCGCCUCGCCACGCUCUUCAGCGACGACAACCCAAACGCCUGCUCCGUCAUGUAGCAACGCCUUCCCUACGGCAGUACUAAUUUGAGCUGCCUCGGUUCUACUACCGCUCUCGUGAUAGUAUUCUUUUUACGCGCACGCACUGGGUUGCUGGAAAUUAAUUAAGCGGGUCCAGUUCAUUUCCACAAUUUUUGAGGAUCUAAUAAGAAAUCAUAUUUAGAACCAGUCUUAA